AAUGAAGCCCGGUGUUUCUGUUAAACCAUAACGGUGUUUUACUCAUGAUGAAUCUCCUCUCCAUCUCUCUGCUCGAUCAGCGAGUCAUUAGUAUCAGCGGAAGUACAUCCGGUCACCCGGAAGUGACUCUCCGCGUCUUUGUGUUUGUGUUUAUCUGUGCUGCAGAGUGUCAGAGUCCGCGAUGCAGGUCUCAGCUGUGGUGAUUGAUCAGUGACGGUGAGGAUGGACAGCUGCUUCUUUCUCUGACCAGAGCACACAUGAUCAGCUGAGCCGAUCUCCUGACGCUGACUCCAUGCUUUCUGAUGAGCUGGACUCCAAACCUGAGCUGUUGGUUGAGUUUGUCCAGAACGCCUGCAUCCCGCUGGGUGAGAGUCUGGAGGAGGCCGAGCUCAAGCCCUCCUGUGUGCCGCUGGAGCUGCCAGAGAGCGCUCUCAGUCAUGCCGUGUCCCCGCCGCUGUCAGACUUGUGUCCAGAGCGCAGUCCAGUGCUGGUGCAGCUUCAGUCUCCAGCCGCAGCUCAGACACCCACAAUCCUGCAGGAGCUGCAGAACAACGACAGCACAUCAUACAUCCUGCUGAACCUGGCUAAAGGUCUUGCUGCGUCUGCCGAGCCGCUGGUGUUUGUGCAGGAUGAGGUGGACGAGGCUCAGGAGGAGGUUUCGGUUUCGGGGGACAUCAGCACCCCAUGGUACCUGCGGGUUCAGGAGCUGGCCCACGACAGCCUGAUCGCUGCCACACGCGCACAACUGGCCAGAGACGCCCGCGCCACAGCCAACAGUGAGCACCUUCUCAGCUGUGCGUCAGACGGGCAGAAGAGAGAGUCGUCUCCUCGGGUCAGCAGCCGCUCAGAGAAGAUCCACCGCUGCCCAUACGAGAGCUGCUGCAGGACCUUCACCUACCCCGCACACCUCAAAUACCACCUCAAAACACACCGGAAUGACCGCACGUUCCGCUGUGGCGCUGAGGGUUGUGGGAAGAGCUUCUAUGUGCUGCAGCGGCUGCAGGUCCACAUGCGCACACACAACGGAGAGAAACCCUUCAUCUGCAGCGAGAACAACUGCGGGAAGAAGUUCACCACCGCCGGCAACCUCAAGAACCACAGACGCACACACACAGGUGAGAAGCCCUUCCUGUGUGAAGUGAACAACUGUGGACGCUCCUUCGCUGAAUACUCCAGUCUGCGCAAACACAUGCUGGUGCACUCUGGUGAGAAGCCUCAUGUGUGUUCUGUCUGUGGGAAGACGUUUUCUCAGAGCGGCAGCAGAAACGUCCACAUGAAGAAGAGACACAGCGGAGACGACAGCAGCACAGACACUGGUUACUCCAACAUUGAUAACAAUGGCAGAGAGAUCGCCACCUGCACAUCUGAAGCGCUCACUCAGAGCAGUCUGCUAGAGGAAGAGGGUGGAGUCAGUCUCCAUCACUCCAUAUUAAGGACUCAGAGCUUCUGUCAGGACGGCACCUGUUCUCCGGCUGCACCUACAGACCCGCUUGCCGCUCUGGCUCCGCCCCAUGAGCUCGUCUCCAUGACGACAGGCCACACCUACAGUGAUGAUGUGGUCACUCUGCUGUAGCGGCGCACCUUGUAAAUAAACUAUUUUAGCAAAGCCA